CCUGAGGGUUGAAUAAUGAGCAGCGCCCUAAUAUGACCUUAUACCUCUUUAUUUACUAACAUUAUUCUUAGUUUCUUUGCAUUUUUUGUUCUAUUUCCAUGGCCUUGUUCCCCCUGAGAGGUAGUCAAGCCUGGCGGAGUGGCGGGUGAGCGGCGCCCCCUGCCAGCCGCCCUCCGUCCCCGCCGUCUUGUUUACGCGCUCAGCUGAUGGACAUGGCCUCAAGGCGUCAUCCUACACCCUGCUGACGCUGCCCUUGGUGACCGGGGACGCCCUCCACCUGUUGCCACUCCACAGCCUCCCCCAGCACCUCCUCACGGACGUCAAUGGAAUGAGCUCCACAAUGGGAGGUGAAGGGCCACGGUGACUGUAUGGAGGGAAGCAUCUAAGAAGUGCAUAGAGAGAUCUAGUGAAUCUGAAUCAGAGUACACCAUGGAUACUGGUGUUGGGGAAACUUACGACAUAACAUCAAUAAACAAAGCACUUGAUGAUUUGGGAAUGUUAAGUACUACCACAGCCAGCCGGAAAGAUUACCUGCAGGAGUGUCUAAGGGCCAGUAUGGAGAAGCUCAAUGUGGACCAGCCAGGACCCUCAACAUCACGAUGGGAUGCUCAAAAGAGCUCAGGGUCCCCCAGUUCCAUUGAGAAGGAGAAUACCAACAUUGGGGGCUUCCAGAUACUGAAGAUGAACUCCACCUUCAUCACUAGCUUUACUGCUGGCUAUGAGCUGCCCUGCCAUGGGCUCAGAGAACGCUUCACAAAGCGUGUCCACAAGUGUGGCUAUGCCAGGAGGAGACGCCUCCGGACGCAUCCGUACGAUAAUAGCUCGGUCACUGCCAGCACUAGUGACACCUCUACCUACUCCAGUGGGUCAUACAGACUGAGAACCACCAGUUUAAGUAGUGGGACUAGUAAAAACAAAACUAGUGGCAGUUAUAUCAAUACUGCUGUUUGUGGAAGUAGUCAUAGUAGUAAUAAUAGUGGUAGUAGUAAUUGUAGUAAUAGUACAAAGCCUGUUUUGGUUAGGUCCAGAAGCAUGGAGAAUUUGUCUGCUUCUAUGGGUGAUGGGCUUGUCUUGACUUACAAGCCAAAGGAAUUAGAAACUGUGUCAAGAGGUAUCCAGCAGCUGAAAAUGGACGACUGUACCUGAGGAGAAAUUGAUCUGGUUCUGCUUAACCAGUUCAACCACAGCUAACAUUAUGUAUAGUUUUCUUGAGUUUUAACAUGUAAUCAUUAACCCUUGUAGGACAGUAGCCUGAUAGGUUAUAUUUUAAGUCCUCAAAACAGAGAAUACGCACUGGAAUACAACUGUAGCUGCAAUUAAUUUUUUUUCUUUAUGAGCUUGUGUGAAUGGAAAUACUAUAUAAUAGCAUUUUACUAUGAAGUUAAUUAAAGAGUAGUAUUUGUAUGCAAAUCAUAUAUGAAUGUAUGUAAGCAUAUAAUUUGCCUUUUAUUCUAAGUAAAUUGUGUUAUUUUGCUAAAAUCUGAAUUGUGUUGUUAUUUGUUUUAUUUAUGUAAAUCAACAAUCACCAGAUCUGCAACCAAAGUAUUCAUGAUAUAUAAUGAGUUGUGUACUUGAACUUUAUUGUUACUUGUUUGCAAAUUUUAUCAGCAUUCAGACCGGUAAUAAUUAUUUUGACUGUGAUUUAUUAUUAUUUAGCACAAUAGGAAAGCUUUAUUUUGUUAAUAUAUGAAGUACAUAUAUUGAGUGCUGUCAUAACUCUCAACACAAAGCCAAAAACUGAAUUUUGUUUUCACUAAUGUAAUCAUGAGAAAUAUCUGAGCUUGUUCUUGAAUCUUAUAAAGACAUCUGCCUUCUGAUGUCCAUUAGGCCGUUUAUAAACAUACAGGUUUUUAACAAAUGAUGGUUUUGCAACUUUCCUUCCAGGAUAUUCUUAAUACAAUAAAACAAAACAUUGC